GACUCCCCAGGAUGUCAACCUCAGCCUCUCAAGGCCAUGCAUGGGCCCAACAGGUGAAGAAGGAAGAUGAGGAAAGGGAUCCACUGAACCAGCUCAUCUCCCACUCUGGCUUUGCUGCCUCCCACUUUGCAGUGCAGGAAGCCCAGCACCAAGACUGGCGGCAGUGCCAGCUGCAGGUGCAGGCCUUCAGGAAUUGCAUGAAUGAACAGCAGGCAAGAUGGCGAGAGGAACUACAGAGGAAGAAAGAGCAAGCCAGUGCCACUGCUAAGACCCCCAAACCACUUGUCCCUAGAUGA